GGUUGGCGUCGUCACGUGGCGUGGCGCUUCCUUUCUCUGUGCGCUUCUCUUUCCUUCCUCGGCCGCCAUCUUGUUCUCGCCGCGUGUUGGCAGCGGGGGCUCCGCCGCGCUCAGACGUAGCACUAUGAACCAAGAAAAACUGGCCAAGCUUCAAGCGCAGGUCCGAAUAGGAGGAAAGGGAACAGCUCGCAGAAAGAAGAAGGUGGUGCACAGAACAGCUACAGCUGAUGACAAAAAACUUCAGAGUUCCCUCAAAAAACUGGCAGUAAAUAACAUUGCUGGCAUUGAAGAGGUGAACAUGAUCAAAGACGAUGGAACAGUUAUUCACUUCAACAACCCCAAGGUUCAAGCUUCCCUCUCUGCCAACACUUUUGCAAUUACUGGUCAUGCAGAGGCUAAACCGAUCACAGAAAUGCUUCCAGGCAUCUUAAGCCAGCUUGGUGCUGACAGCUUAACAAGUCUCAGGAAGUUAGCUGAACAAUUCCCAAGACAAGUGUUGGAUAGUAAAGCACCAAAAUCUGAAGAUAUUGAUGAAGAAGAUGAUGAUGUCCCAGAUCUCGUAGAAAAUUUUGAUGAAGCAUCAAAGAAUGAAGCUAACUAAAACAUUAAUAGUUCUGGAAGCUGGCAUGGACUAGAUUUAAGAAAUCAGCUAUGUGGUUCCAAAGUUUUAAAGAAACAGAGAACAUCAUCUGUUAAUAGUUCAGUAAUAUAAAUAUUUUGUAUUUUUAUGAUGCUGUUUGUUCAGCAUUUUCUGUCAGUUGAUUUUGCAUUUUGCACUUACUCCCAGGAUCUACUCUUUCGGUCAAACAGAAAUGUCAGUGCAGUUUGAGGGGUGUGUGUACGUGUGUGGGUGUACGUAUAGUGGAGAACAAAUUGGAGAACACAUAUUUAACCAUUUGCCCUUUUCCUUUGGAAGUAGAAAUAAAAUUAAUCUUCAGCAUUGUUACUUUGAUUAUCACCAAAUAAUGCACAGAGGGAGUUAAGAUUAACGUUUUGUCCACAUUUUGUGACCUGAAGGCAUUAUACCAUUUAAACUUGGGGUUAAUUUGCUGUAACUAUUGUACUUGCAGGUGUAUUUCUCAGUGUACCCAUAUUUUUUAUCAACCUUGUGUUGAUUCCAGGUUUUAGGGGAGAUGAGCUGUAUUAGCAGCUUGUUUGGUAUAGUAAUUUUUUAAAAACUUGGUCUCAUCAAAGUGUGCUUUCUUUAACCUUUUCCAAAAUUUAUUUUUCAAUUUGGUGGUGGUGGUUUUGGGUUUUUUUUUGUUUUGUUUUGUUUUGUUUUGUUUUGGUUUGGUUUUUUUUUGUUUUUUUUUUUUUUUUUUUUUUUUUUUUUUUUUUUUUUUUUUUUUUUUGUCUCUAAAGUUUUGAUACAAGCUGGUAUUUGACCCCUUCCAUGUAGGCUUAGCAGCAUGUUCUCCUGUUGGUUCCUAAAGUAUUUCCCAGUCAAAAGAAAAACACCUUGGUUCUCUACUGUCGAGUCACUUCCUAAGCUUGGAGGUCUGGUUGGUAACAGUCCAGUGCACCAGUUUUGCACAGUAACAGGUUUUUGCUUGAAUAACUUCAAGCUGUUCUCUUGGCAUGACUGCAUCUCCCAGCAGCUGAUGGUCCACUCUCAUUCUUAGGGCACUAGGAAUAAAUGCACUGUGUGAGCAAUGUUUAGGGUGGGAGGAAAGAGUUGUUGACACUUUGCCUUGCUUCCUGCUGGGCAGUCUGUGCAGUGACUAGCUCUAAAGGGAUUUUUUUUCCUUUUUUUUUUUUUGCCUGUAACUUACCUUGGCCUAUAACCUACCUCUAGGUUUGGUGUCAUCUAUGUAGUAGCUUCUUACAAAACAAAUGCUCCUCAGGCAUAAGGAGGACAUUGGGAGGUACUGUUGGUACAGUGCAGUAUUUAUGACCUUUCUUUAAAAUGCUUAAUGUGAAGCCGUUUUCUCAAGAGGCUCUUUCAAGGUUCUUGAUGUAAUGUGCAUUACAGUAUAGUUAGACAUCAUUGUAACCUCUGUCAAGGGCAGCUGUGGCUUACAAAAGCCACUUUGUUUUUUUUUUUCCUCUACAUCUGUCAUUAACUAUGGCUUAAUUGGAACAUAUCAGCUUUUGGUGUAGGCUCAUAUGCUAGAGAACUGUAAUAGUACAAUAGUACAAACAGUCCAUGAGUUCUGGAGACUUCAUGAACCCACGGAAGUAGAGCUGUAGUGGUUUGUCAGCUGAACUCCUCGGUUCAUUUUCUAGGCUUUGUUCAGUUUUUCCUGUUAUAUUUUAUAUACUACGUGGAUCUUACUACAAAAUAAAAUAACAGUAAAAAAGAGGAAAUGCUCCCUCCUGUGUGUUGUCUGCUCCUCCUACCAGCACUGGCUGAGGGCGGCAGGUGGAUGCAGCAGCUGUUUGAGACAGCACUGCAUUCUUGGUGCAGUGACCAAGGAAGACAUGCAGGGCUAGGGGGUCCUGCUGGAGCUCUAGGAUUUCACACUCCCUACACUCACUCCUGUUUUCUCCCUGGUGUUGAAUGAAACACUCGUUUGUUGUAUGGCUGAUCAGCUGCAGAUGAUUUGUUCUGUUUAUAAGGAGGAGAUGUCUCCACAAAUGUGUGCUGAGGCUCAUGGAAUUGCCUUCUGCUGCCCCUGUGAGCCCAGGGAGCAAGGGGAGGACACCAGGCCACACGAGGUAUUUGCAGUGUUCCUCCAUAAGAGGCACAAAUGAAGAACCUUUCCAAGUAACAACUGUACAGAAUUGAUCUGUGGGACAUCCCCUUCCUUAAUACUAAUCAGAUACUGAAAAUUCCUGCUGUUCAUUCUGAUGUAGGAAUAUGUCAAAAGUAAUUCUGUGAGAGACUAAAAGUAAGCCUUGGAAACAAUGAUUCCAUAAGUUUAUAUAGCUGAACUUUCUGAUUCCGACAAAUGACUGAUUUUGUUUUUGCUCUUGAAUUUACAUGUUAAACCCUCAAAUUUUUCCUAUGUUGACAACCAGUAAACCAACUAACUAUGCUAGCUUAUGUAGUUAUAUUAUCUUCAGUUUUUUCACUGUCUCUGGAAACAGUCAACCACUUAUGAUUUGCUGCUGGAAAUACUAGAGCUUAUCAAUCAUUAAACUGAUUUUAAUUAAAAGUA